AUGGAAGAUAAUGACACGUUCGUCAUUUCAGACUUGCAUCCAUUCUGGAGUACCAUGGCAGUUGAGCCUUCGGAGCUACCUGAGUAUCAAGUAAACCGCGAGGAGAUUGUGGAUAGACAGAUUGAUGACCUGAAUUGCAAUUUGAAGAAGAUGAAUUACACGAGUAAGAUAAAUGCCGUGGCCUCAUUGCGUGGCAUCGUUUAUCCGUCUAUAUCGCAUCUGUCCGAGCCAUCAUUUGUUAAGACCAAAGGACGACCAAAGAAUAACUCGACAAAGAGAGACCCUUCUGGAUGGCAGUAUCAUAUUGAUGAUGAGACAAUUAAGUCGUCUUGUGGUUCCAAGGGUCGCCAAACCUCAUCUGGUGCAAAGAUUCCUAAAACAAAGGUUGAGAGAAGCACUGAUGGAACGCCUCAAUCGAAGAUGAAAGGUCGUGGUUCUCGUAUUCCCACACAAGAAUCUGCUGCCCCUACAAUACCUGCACAUGAAGGAAUCGACUUUUAUUCUUUCGUGCCCAGAUUUAUGGUCCGUCUUAUUCAAGAUUAUGUUAACACGAUGGCGGAUGGCAACUGUGGGUACCGGUGCGUUGCUCAAGCCGUGUACGGGGAUCAAGAAAGAUGGUCGCAAGUGAGAGGGGAGUUGCUUAUUGAGUUAUACGAGCAUGCUAGUGUCUACACGGUGAUGUUUGGCAGUACCGGAUACGUUGAGGUCAUACGCAAGUGUGACUGGACCUCAGGACCUUGUCCACAAGCUUAUUGGAUGGACAUGAGUGAAAUGGGAUUGGCCAUUGCUACCAGAUACAGUGCAUUAGUGGUACUUUUGACUCAAGUAGGGAGUAUGACUUACCUUCCUAUGUUUGGCAGUGGUCACUUAUCAUGUAUGAUUGUUGAGACAUUGCACAACGAUCAUUUCAUGUUUGUUAAUUUGGUCGCGAAUAGUCCACUACCACCAAUCCAUCCGGCAUGGGUACACCAUAGAGCUAAAAACUUGAGGCACUUACUCAAAACGUACAAACCCCGACUACUCUUGUACGAACAAUUAAAGUCUGGUCGGUAG